AUGGUUAAAUUAAACAAUGACAGAGAAUAUUGUUCUCUUUUAAAAAAAUUAGAAAAUGCUAAAAGAAUUUACAAAUCUUCUCCAGAAAAAAUAACUGGAAUUUGUUUGGAAUUGGCUGAAUAUCUUCGGAACAGUUUACUUUUAAUUAAUGAAUCUGAAAAACGAUAUAAUGAAGUAAUUUUGUGGGGAAAGGAGGAUGAAAGUUGUUCUGUUGAUUGUUCGUUGGCUUACAGGAAUCUUGCAGAAAUUGCUAUAGAAAAAGGAGACUUUGAUUCUGCCGUUGAUAAAAUAAACAAAUCUCUAGAUUUUGCUUAUACUUCAGAAAAUCCAUCAAUUAUUCAACAAUCACUUCAUCAACGUGCACAUAUUUGUUUGUCUUGUGAACUUCCCAAAAAGCAUUCAAUCGAAAUAAAUGAUCAAAAAAUUGAUGGAGAUUCGUCUUGUAGAAUGGCCCAAUUGCAAAAUUUAAUUGCUGCCAUUUAUUUAGAAUUACACGUUUCUGAUAAUUUUCAUGAAUAUGAUUAUGACAAAAAAGGAUUAGAAGCAAAUGAGGAAGCUAUGAAUUUUGCAACAAAAAAUAAUGAUUGGGCUCUUUGUUAUCGAAGUCUUUUAAUUAAAUUAAAUUUCACAAAUGGAAAAGAACGACAACAAAUUGCAGAGUCAAUGUGUACAAUUGCUUCGAAAAUUGUUCCAAAAAAUGCAGAUGAAAGGCGGUUUAAAAAGGAAAGCAAAUGCCAUUUAGCUUUGGAAAAAUUUCGUCAAAUGGAUGGAGAAACAUUAAUUUCUGCAAAAAGAUUACUUUGGAGAUGUUUUGAAGAUUUUGAGAAACAGCCAGAUUCUAUUUCUGCCGAUUUAGCUUCUGACUUGAAAAAUGCGUUGAUUUUUUCUUAUAAAACCGAACAAAGGGAAAAGAAAGCGAAUAAUCUCGACUCGAAAGACAAUUCUAAAAGACGUCGAGCACAAAUGGUAUUAUUCGAAAAAAUUGGAGAUGAAGCAUCAAAAUUGGAAUUUAAUGAAAUUGCUUUGCGUUAUUAUAAUAAAAUGAUGAAAUGUUGUGAUUCUGCUGAUGAUCAAAGAAAAGCUUGGAUUUCAAUGGCUGAAACUGCUAAAGAUUGUGGAUUAUGGGAAAGAUGUGUUCAUUUUUAUGAACAAGCAAGAAAAUGGGAAAAAGAAUUGGGAUAUGAUGAUGAAAAGCUUCUCGAAACCGACAUUUCAAUCGCCCUUGCAUACAUAAAAGUUGAGCAAAUUUCUUUGGAAGAACGUUUGGAAAAAAUUAAAAAAGUUUAUAAUGAUUGUUCUAUACCUAAAUAUAAGUUUGCAUUAUUACCCGAAUUUAUUAAAUUUCUGAAGUCUAACAAUUUAUAUUCAACUGAAAAGAUAGCUAAAAUGAGAAGAGAAAGACUUUCAUUAGAAAAUUCUUUGGCUGAAAAUGAUGAAGGGCGGAAAGAAAAUGAAUUAAUAGAAGACUCUACUUCUAAUUUUACAGAUGAAUUUGAUGAAAUGAAUGAAGAGCAAAUAAUUUUUGAAAUUAGAGGUAAUAUUAAAUAA